UCAACGAAGCUUUUCCUUGCGUGUUUCGCAUGAAAUGUUUGAGUGGACCCGAAGUGCAGCAAGCGGACAUUUUUACGCGAGUGAGAGCAAAAACAGAACAGUUGUCUUUUGAGCAAGUAUCACCUCCAAAAAACAUCCUCAAGAACAUCUGAAAUUCUCGCCGAGAAUGGACCGACUGUGUUUUUCCAGGACAGGUAUGCCGUUAGGCCCAGCUUUACAACUGUCAAUUUUGACAGUGACUUUCCUAUAUUUUGUCGGUGUUGGUGGACAGAUUUCAUCAACAUCUCCUUCAAAUCUCACCCUUGCUGCAUCAAAUAACAGUGUGCAGAGUGCUUUCAGCAUCGAAGACGUUCUAGCCCAGUAUUCAGGCCAGUCGACGCGCCCGAGUGAGAAAACUGGACAUCCCGAUGACGUUUACUGUGGCGUGAAAGACAUUCACCUUGAUGCUGUAGACGAAGCCAAAAUGGAGUUCACGAUCACUGCUACCGUGGGACUGACCUGGGCAGACCCCCGUCUCCAGAGCCUUCUCCCCGCCGACUCCGACACCAUCUACGCCAUCCGCGGCGCCGACAUCGACCGGAUCUGGUUGCCCGACCUGUACUUCCCGCUACUGAAGAAUGGAGACUUCCACAAGAUCACCUCGACCAACAGGGUGGUGAGGGUCAGCAAGCACUUACUGCAUGGGGUGAUCUACCACAUGAGGUUGACUCUGACCCAGUCGUGCCACAUGGAUCUCUCCAAUUUUCCCUUCGACACGCAGAAGUGUGACACCCUCAUUUCAUUGUUUUCCUAUGUCGACAGCGAGCUGAAGUUGCGCUGGAGGUAUUCACAGCUCAUUGAGACCGGGUCUAGUAUCCAGCUCAACCUGCCCCAGUUCAGCCAACCCACAGUCAAGGCCACCGACUUUGCUGUUACGGGAAUCUACCAAGCGCAGGAAUCAGUGCAAUUCAACUUCACCAACACGGUUCUCAACUUCUCCAUCUGCUUACAUCGGUUUGGAGGCUUCUUCAUCCUGACCGAGAUGUCGACCUCCUUCAUACUGUGCGUCCUCUCUUGGCUCAACUACUGGCUGGAUCCGGACCAGGCGCCCGCUAGGAUCUCGCUUGGGAUUACCACUGUGCUUGCGGCCAUCACGCAUGCAAACAGUGCCACGAAGAGGGGGUUGCCGGCGCUGUCCUAUGUAACGGCUUUGGAUAUCUGGUUUAACUUAAACGUGAACAUAACAAUCAUCGGCCUAGCCGAGUACGGCUUGGUUCACGUUCUGACCGUCCGUGCCAGAAAACUGGAGGAGAGGCUGGAACGUACUUUGACCGGGGACAAGCAAACCCUGGCAGGCCAACCUCCACAACAUGACGAGACGUCUUUCGUGUUGUGCCGCGGGAGGCGUACGGAACCCAAAGAUGUUGACGAGCGUCAACGACUCAGCCAGGCCGCGGUGCGGUACCGACAGUGGGCCAAACGCAUCGACCACUGCAUGCGGGUCGCCGUGCCGUUGCUUCUCGUGGUGUUCGUGACCGUGUUUUGCACAAAGUACACCAUCCGGAAUGAGGACGAAUGUGCGCAAUAGUUUGUGGGGAAAUAAACUAAGCCGUGAUUAAUGUCCUACAUAUGGCUUCUCAAAGAUAUCGAAUAAAAGAUGUGGUCUUUUAAUUCCAUAAUGGGCCUUAUGCAUGAGUUGGCCAUUUUUGACGAGUUCCCUGAAUGUAU